ACAUUGAUCCUUAAAUACGAGAGUGUGAAUGACACAUAUUAAACAAGAAACGGACAAUGGAUCAUCGAAAAUCGAAAGAUUAUAAAAUGGGACUAAGAAAUAAGAGAAAGAUACAAAGAGAAAUGGUGGAAAUGGCGAAUAAAGAAAGUUGUGGAGCUUUCUUCACUCUGCAGUCCUUGUAUGAAAACCAAAAGCUACAAAACACUAGUCCAACAAAUCAAUCUUUUUUAAUCCCUACAAAGACCCAAUACGAAAACAUCCGUCAAUUUCAUACGCCCCUUCUUAGCACUUGUCUUUUCGUUGCCGUCCCAAUAUUCUAUUCAAUCGAUGGAUUCUACUGAACAAAUUAAAAUUGGGUUUUUUCCUUCUUUUUCUUCAGCUUCAAGAACCCCCAUUUCACCUGCCAAUUUUACUGGGAAUUCUUGACUGGAAAAUGAAGAGGUAUAGGAAUGGAGAAAUAUGGGAUUUUGAGGAAGAAAUGCAGCUUCUUGGAGAUGGGUUUUGUGAUCAGAGAGAAGUCAUAUUGGGAUUGGAUGGUGAUACCACUUGUACUGUUUGUGUUUGUAUGCCUCUUAUCCCUUUUGCUGAUGAUUUACCCGACCCUCCUCCUAUUCUCUCACGAGCAGUUGCUGGAUGCUCCAAUCACAAUAGCGUAGGAGAAAGCGCCGCGAGGGAUGCUUUAGAGCUAGUCAUGGCUGAUGCUCUUUCAAAAGCAGGCUCAGCACGUUUUUGUGUGCAAGCUGUUUGUUUGGCUGUCUCUGGAGUCAACCAUCCAACAGAUAUAGAACGAAUAAUGAACUGGCUUAGAGAUAUAUUCCCCAGCCAUGUCCAAUUCUUUGUUCAGAAUGAUGCUGUUGCAGCUCUUGCAAGUGGAACAAUGGGAAAGCUUCAUGGUUGUGUCCUUAUUGCUGGUACAGGAACAAUUGCUUAUGGUUUCACUGAAGAUGGGAGAGAUGCUAGAGCUGCUGGUGCUGGGCCUGUAUUAGGAGAUUGGGGAAGUGGAUAUGGUAUAGCUGCACAGGCAUUGACUGCUGCAGUUAGAGCCUAUGAUGGUCGUGGUCCAUACACUGCACUUACGCCAAGUAUUCUAAGGAAGCUGGAUCUUUCUUCUCCUGAUGAGCUUAUUGGGUGGACCUAUUCAGAUCCAUCUUGGGCUCGGAUUGCGGCUCUUGUUCCAGUGGUAGUGACUUGUGCAGAGGGAGGUGAUGAAAUAGCAAAUAAGAUAUUGAGAGAUGCUGUUCAAGAAUUAGCUUCGAGUGUUAAAGCUGUUGUUAGAAGACUACAGUUGUGUGGUGAAGACGGAAAUGAUGCAUUUCCUCUUGUUAUGGUUGGAGGUGUUCUUGAAGCCAACAAGAAAUGGGAUAUAGGAAGAGAAGUCAUUAACUGUAUAUGCAAGGACUUCCCGGGGGUUCAUCCUAUUUGUCCGAAGGUGGAACCUGCCAUCGGAGCUGCUUUGCUUGCUUGGAACUUGUUGGCUAGAUAUAGUUGACAAGGGACUUUGAGAAGUGAAACCUAUUCUUACUUAAGAUACUUGAUCAAUUGUACAGCGCGUAAGCAUGAAUGGGAGGUUAUUUCAGCAUGUGUUCCAGAAAGGAAAAUAUGUGUUUUAUUUUUCCAUUUUUGUUAUAUAGAUUCGUCUUCCUCUUGAUCAAUUUUUGUUCAUCUUCUAUAUACUGAGCUGCUAUUAGUUAGUAAAGGUAAAGUUUGUUCAUCAUUUGUUGUAUUCUGCAGAAGUUACCUCUUCCCUGUUACUCUUUUCUCACUCUCCACAUGACUGAGAAAUAGUUGUGUAUAUACCCUUUUUUAUACUAACAGACAUACACGUGUCAUAAUCUUAUCCAUCGACUGAGUAUUUGCCGCAAGAGGUAUUGAUUGAAAUAUUUCUAAGAUUACCCACAAAAUCCAUCAUUGAGUGCACAAGCGUCUGCAAAUCAUGGUGUUCUCUCAUUACUGCCCUAAUUUUAUCUCCAUACACCUCAACAACAGCAACAAAGAUGAUGAUUAGUUGCUAGUACGUCAUUUCUCCGAAGAACCAGUAAAAGAAAUGUAUGCUUUAUUCUAUGACAAUGAAAAUUUUGAUAAUUAUGUUCAAUUUGAUGUGCCAUUUGAUGCGUUUGAAAGUCAGUUAAUAUUAUAGGUAGUUGUAAUGGACUUUUAUGCCUUUCUGAUGAUCUGUCUAGAUAUUGGGAUGUUUAUUAAGUCAGUAGAACUUCCGAAAUCAAUUUUUACGUUUGAGAGACAUGGUCCCUUUCAACAUACUCUUGGGUUUGGAUAUGAUUCUGUUUGUAAUGACUAUAAGGUGGUGAGAAUAGUACACACUGAUGAUUAUAUGGGUGGUUUACUAGUACCACCACAUGUUGAGGUUUAUAAGUAGAGCACUGGUGUUUGGCAAGAUAUUUCUCAUGUUGCUCCAUAUUUUAAAUUCUAUGAGCGGAUACCGGGAGUUUAUGUGAAUGGGGCUUGCCAUUGGGUGGCUGCUAAAUGCAAACUAGGAGUGUCUUGUGAUAUGAUGAUUGUUCUGUUUGAUAUGCAGGAUGAGACGUUCAGGGAGAUGAUGGUACCGGAUAGUCUAGUUAUGGGUUUUCGUUUAGUGUUCAACCUUUUUUUGUCAGAGGAGUCACUUUGUUUGGCUAAUCGUUUGUUUGAUGAUGAUGGAACAAUUGAUAUUUGGAGGAUGAAAGAGUAUGGUCAUCCAGAAUCAUGGGUGAAACAAUUCAGUAUCAAUAGCCACAUUAUGUUCAAUGUUGGUGUUGUUGAUGAUAUUUUCUAGUUGUUAAAUGGUGGUCGUCAGCGUCAGCGUCAGUUUGCUCAUUUCUUGGUGAAGCCAAUAGGUUCAAGGAAAAAUGGUCAAAUUGAGAAUGGAUUGUUGGUUUCAUAUGAUAUUGCAGUUGAAAAAAUUGAGAAUCUUGGCAUUUGCAUUUGCUAACUUGUUGCCGUAUCACGAUGCACUUUAUGUUAAUACUUACAAACUGAGCCUUAUUUUACUUGAUAAACGGACAGACUAUUUAUCUGGAAACACCAGCAGCUAUGAAGAGUCCAUCGAUCUAAAGGUUUUAGGUUGACAUGGGAACCUCCUUUAGCUUAUUUGGAAGGUCACAAGAGGGUAUCAGAACUCUUUCAUUAAAUAGAGGCUGUAAAUCUAAUGUCUUGACUACUACUAGCUAGGUAGAUGUGUUUGAGAUUAUUACACUUUUAAACCUUGUAUUGUUCUUGUAACUCUCUGAUGAUUACUAUUUCCCUAAGCGGAAAUCAUCGAAUGUAGUUGACAUGAACAUCCAUGUGAAUCAUGGUAUGCUUGCGGAAAGUGUUUAAGUUGCUGAAGUGUUAUUACAUCAGAAUAUAUAAUCUGCUGGGCGGGCUAUCUUUAGCA